GAAAAUGACAAUGGUUAGAGAUUACACAAUUUGUCGUCACGUGAUUAUUUGCUUGCGAACUUGUAAACAUCGAAGUUGCUCGCAUCAAGAUGUCUAUAAACACUGCACACGCCAGCAACGGUGUCUUGAUUUUUCUAGUAGAAAGAAUACUCAUUUAUUAUGAUGGAGUUGAAAUAGAGUUUGAGGGACCUCCAGAUGUGCCCCAGUUUAAAGGCAAGAAAAGGGGGCGUUUGUAUUUGACUACUCAUAGAGUAAUCUUCAACAAUAAAGAUAUGAGGGAUUCAAUGCAGUCUUUUUCCCUUCCAUUUCGAUCAAUGCGUGAUGUGGAAUUAGAGCAGCCUAUUUUUGGAGCCAACUAUAUCAAAGGGCGUGUUGUAGCAGAACCAGAUGGUAACUGGACAGGAGAAGCCAAGUUUAAGAUGUACUUUACACAUGGGGGUGCUAUUGAAUUCGGACAAGCAAUGCUAAGGGCAGCUUCUCUUGCUUCAAGAAAUCGUCCAGAACAGCCUCCACCUUAUGGUCCACCUGCCUAUGGCAAUUAUUACCCAGCACCACCUCCAGCAUAUGCUCCACCUUCAGAUCCUUAUUAUGCAUGGGUGCCAUACCAGACCUUUCCAACAGCUCCACCAGAGAACACGGUAUAUGUUAUGGAGGCCCCUCCACCAUACCCAGGUAUUGUUCCAGAUACGGCUCCAUAUCCACCCGCCAGCAAUGCACAUGACGCAAAAGCAAAAGAGGCUGCUGCUAGUGCCUACUACAACCCAGCCUACCCCCAUAAUAUGUAUGCCUCUGCACCACCACUUCCAGCAGGGUUUGGAGGACCACCAAACUCUGCCCAUGAGCCACCUCCUUCCUACGACCAAGCAUCCAAAAAGACCGACUGAUUUCUGGAAACCAUCAAGAAGUAUAAAAAAUAAAGCAUGCUUUGUUUCUUGGAUGCUCAUCUUUUACAUGUGGGAUGUUUUGGUUGAACUCUCAUGCCAUCUCAGUACAUCACAGUGCAUUAGUAAUACAUGAUCGAUGCACAGUCAGCAGCCUUGAUGUUUCUUUGUUUUUGAAUGACCUGAUUGUGACAAUGCUUUAAUUAUAAACUACUUUUCUGGAUGUUUUUAUCUGUUGUAUAUAUUUGGUUUUGCAUCAUUCCGGGCAAUAAUUGGAGUUUUCAGCAGGAUAAUGUCUUACUUUCUUUUCCUUCUGUGGCUUGCAGAUGGUUUGUUUUUUCGUUAAAGUACUAAAAUGUUUGUAUGGUCUGCAGCUGAGCACCAUUUUGUGGAUGUUUUGUAGUUGUCUUUUUGUCCUUGUUAUUUUUACAAGUUUCUUCAAAUUACAUACAUAUACAUUGUAAGUAGAUAUUAUUUGUGAUGGGAUACAAAGUUAAUGUCAGAAAUGUACUUUGUACAGAUUUGGUCUUGUGAUUACUCAUUCAUGAGGUUAAGUCAAAGGAGAACAGAAACUACUUGUUUAUUUUGCCCAUACAUGUUACAUGUACAUCUUUCGGUGUUCUUUUAACGUUUCUCUUUGUUUUGGGAAUCAUAUUUAGAUCUUAUUAUUAUAUUAUCAUUAAAAGUGGCUAAUUGUUAUAUGCAUGCAAUUCAGUGUAAAAACUGACAUUUAGUGGAAAAUUUGGAAGGAAAAACUGUAUGUCAACAAAGAAUGAAAGGGCAGAAGUAAUGAUCUGUGCGACGAUCAAGAGUCUGCCAAGUAUGCCUGUGAUACCACGAUGUUUUAUUUAAAAAAUAAUUGCAGAGAGGGAAUUUUUUUAAAAAUGCCUGCAGCACUCAGAGCUUAGCUUUCGUAGGACCUAAUUUACAUUAAUAAACAGUUCACUCUUUAACAUAGGCUGAAGAAAUGCCAAAAACACACAUCUCAACCAUUGAGGAACAAUGCACAAAGAAAUAAAAACAGUAGAUGUAAUGAGCCAGGCUAGAUGCCCUAUCUAAUCCUCUUCGUGCAUCAAGCUACACAUAAGGCCUACACCAGAGUCCGCCACCGAUGUCGAUCGGCUGAAACCUGCUCUAGGUGACCCCAUGUCCAGCACUUUCCUUUCAUCUCCCUUUCCACUGUUCUUCUCAGGUGCCCUAAGGAUUUACAAAUAAGUUCGUUUCAGAGCCUUGAGAAGGUUUAGUUUACCUCACCAUUUGUAACCCUAAAUCAUGCCAACAUCAUGUACACGUUUUCAUGUUUUUGGUAAAUUUACAGAUUCAGUUUUUUUUCCCCUUCAGUGAUUCAGCAAGAUGUUUUAGUGUAUUUUGAAAUGAUCUUAUUUAUAACUGUUAUCAACUGAAAGCUGCAGUAAGCUUUUGUGUACAUCUUUAAGUGAUCGUUGAAUUAAAAAGUCUUUCAUCAGUCAA